AUGAAGUUCUCCACCUCCCUCGCUCUCGCUGCUUUUGCGGGUGCCUCCUCCGUUGCUGCUUUUGGCGAUCUCGGCUUUGACAUUGGUGUCAAGCGCAACUCUGACGGUAACUGCAAGGAAACCUCUGAUUACCUUACUGACUUCAAUGACAUGAGCUCUCUUACCAACACUGUUCGUGUUUACGCUGUUUCCGACUGCAACACCCUUGCCAACAUGGCUUCUGCUCUCACUCAGACUGGUUUCCAGGCUUUCCUUGGUAUCUGGCCCAAUGACGACGCCCACUUUGCUGCUGAGUUGGCUGCCUUGUCCACCUACCUCCCCACCAUCUCUGUUUCCAAUGUCCGUGCCUUCACUGUCGGCUCCGAGGCUCUUUACCGUGGUGACCUGAGUGCCAGCGCUCUUGCCGAUAAAAUCAACUCUGCUAAAAGCUACAUUUCCACCCUUAAGGACAAGGACGGCAACUCUUGGUCUUCUGUUCCUGUUGGAACUGUCGAUUCUUGGAACGUUCUUGUUGAUGGUGGUAAUGCUGCUGCUAUUCAGGCUGCUGACAUUGUCUUGGCCAAUGCCUUUUCUUACUGGCAAGGUCAGACCCAGGCUAAUGCCUCUUACUCCUUUGUUGACGACAUUAUGCAGGCUCUCCAGACCAUUCAGACUAUUAAGGGUUCCACUGAUAUCCCCUUCUGGGUUGGCGAGACUGGUUGGCCCACUGCUGGUGGCAGCUAUGGUGUUUCUGUUCCUUCUGUCGAGAAUGCUCAACACUUUUGGAAGUCUGCCAUUUGCGCCAUUCGUGCUUGGGGUAUUAACACUCUUGUCUUUGAGGCCUACGAUGAGUCUUGGAAGCCUGAUACUUCUGGUAUCUCCAAUGUCGAGAAGCACUGGGGUGUUCUUAAUGACGACGGUAGUGCUAAGUACGACCUUGCUUGCACCUUUUAA